AUGGAUCCAGGCGCCCCCGCCGUCGGCCUGGGGGCAGGAGGCGUCGGGCGGCCUGUGCCGGGCGCGCAGCUUGUAGUUGUGGCCGUCGUUGUUGUCCCAGUACUCGGCGCCGGCCACGCGGUAGCGCAGCGCGAACUCCAGGCAGGUGGCGCCGGCGCCCACGGGCAGGCGGAAGACGAAGCGGUCGGUGAGGCCGUCCCCGGCGUGGCCCGGCGGCAGGCCAGGUUCAGGACGCGCACCGAGCCGCGCAGCGCCGCCGCCUCGGCCCGCACGGCCUCCAGCCGGACCUUGCUCUGCCGCACGCGCUCCAGGAAGCCGGCGCUGCUGCCGGGCUGCGGCGGGAAGAGCGGCUCCAGCGCGGGCCCCGCGGGCGGCCCGAAGAGCACCGGCUCCAGCUCCCCCAGCGCCGGCGGCUUGCGCGUCUUGAGCAGGUCCGCGGCGCGGGGCAGCGGCGAGGCGGGCAGGGGCGCCGGCGGGGGCGGCACGUGCGGCACGUCGGCCUGGCAGAAGUGGCGCACGGCGAUCAGCUCCAGGCCCAGCGAGUCGGCGAAGCGCACCGUCUUGCGGCGCGACGGGCUCUGCUGCAGGGCCGGCCGGAGACCCCUCUCGCCGGGCGUGGGCAGGGACUUGGCCCGGCGGCGCAGCGUGGGGCUGGGCGGCACGGCGGACACCGCAGAAGAACGUUUGCAACCUGCAGAGACAGCAACUGUAAUGACUUCCACUGGCCAGGAUCAAAGUGAAAUCAACUCUGAAAGAGCUACUGCAAAUGGGAAAACUGUGGAAAGAGACUGGCGCUGCACUUAUCCGGAUGAGAGAAGGGAGAGAAAUCAGAUCCACAUUCUUUUGAACAUCAGUAAAAGUUCAACUGAGCAAGAAGAAAAGUCCUUGGAGUCUGUUAAUGGAACAGGAUGGGAGGAAGCAGUGCAAGGCUGGAACAAAACAGCCCCAUUUGCUUAUCUUCAGUUACAAAAAAGAGCUAGAAAAACAAGGACAAGUGAGUCUGUCCAUGGCUGCCUGUAUUGCUUAGAUCUGAUGCAAGUUAUUGACAAAGGUUUGGAGCAAGACUCCAAGUUAAGUUCAGAGGUCACCACAAGCAGCGUUCCAGAGAAACAAACUGUGCUCUAUUCUAAUACAGCUCUGAGUACUUACCCUGUGGUUGACGAUUCAAAAAAAGACAACUGUAGUAGUAAAUUAUAUUCAACCCAGACAUCCCAAGGGGAAAAGAAAAGAUUGUCCUUUAAGGAAGCUCAAGUUUCUUUAAGCGAAAAGAAGACUUUUCUAAUGAAGGAGAGUCAGCUACUCCAAGCAGAAAAGAAAGCGGUGCCAAUAAGAGAGUACAGCAUAUUGCCUCUUGGAAAGCCAAAAAGUGUAGAAACCUUGAGAUGCAAAGAUACAAAGAGCCACGAGCCUACGAUAGGUCAUCUGGGAGACUCUGAAGCGACUGCUGUUAAAUCGUCACUGCUCUUGCCUCCUCUGAAGGACACAGUUUUCAAAUGCAGCCUGGACCCUUCGUCAAAGAAAAGUAAGCCCGUUAUUUUCCAGGCGUAUGAAAAAGCAACUCGAGCUCUUUCAGAGACAAUUUAUCGCACUCAGAUUUUCAAAACCAAAGAAUCCAAACAUGAGAAAGGAAUACCUCCAACAGGUGAUGCAUUCAAGGAGUCGGUAAAAAUCCACAAGAGAGCCUCUUUUGCCCCACAGUGUCCCAAGACUUCAUGCAUCUCAGGAACCACGGACCAGUGCUACUGGCGCUGUACUCUUGUACCCGAGAGAAAAAAUUCAGCCAUGUCUAAUUCAGUUGCAUUGAGAAGAAAGAGUCAUCUCUCCGGUGUGCAUUUUCUGCAUACUAAAGGAGCUCGUGACAGCAAAGCCGAUGAGAAUUGGGAUCCUUGCGCCCGAAGCAGGAGUCACACUGGACCCAAACCAGGAAAUGAGCCAAAAACACAGGAGAUCCCACUGCUUUCUGGACUGUUCCCUUCCUUAACGGAACAUGGCUGGGGGAGAGCUACUCCUUUCGCAUGCUGCAAGAGACAGGAAAAACCCAAGAACCCAAGAAUAAGCAAAACAGUCUCUAAUAUAUCUCACACAAGCAAGGCUUCUGCUCCUGAGAGAAAUCUGACUGGUAUAAGACAACCUGCGAGAGUUCGGGCAAAAACAUAUUGUAAGUUUGCUGCAGGAGAAACUGUUUCAACCUGUAAGAAGUUAGAAGCCUCUUAUGUGAAGCCAUACAACUAUAUUCCACCGAUACCUGCUCACCCUGAGGGAGAAAGAAGGAAUGGCAAACUAGACAGCAUUCAGGCAUUCCUUGGUGAAAAGAGGAUCCUCCCAAUAAAGGAAUAUGAGAUUGAGUACUCUCUAGGACACACAGAACCUGCGGUCCUAAAAUACCCCAAGUAUCGCUUGCCGAAAAUAAUUCACAGUAACUCCCAUAGCAGUUUUAGCUAUCCAACCUUAAAUGAAAUGUUGUUCCUAAAACCGGAUGGAAAAGGAAUGGUCAGUUUCCAUGUGGAACCCCUUUCGAAGAAAAAUGAAACAAUUACAGCAAAAAGAACUGAGAAAGGGGGAAGCAGCAGCACCUCAACUGAAACCGACUCCCACAGACCCAAAAUUAGAAAAGGAAAGCAAAAGAGUAAAAGAAACGUUGGUGAGAUGAAUAUUAUAGCAACAAAGCAAAUAAAAAAUCAUGUACCACUCUUCCAUGUGUCCUUAAUGCUCAGAGAUAAUUUACCUUGCCUUCCUAACUCACCUGACCCAUUCUUUUCCCUGCGCAGCAUGAUGUCUCAUUCAGAGCGAUAUGCAAACGUUGCUAGUUCAAGGGGGUAUGGAAACUGA